GCAUGUGUCAACCUCAUUAUCAAUGUGUUCAUCUCUGGAAAGUAUACUGCCAAAGGAAUUGCUACAGCCAGUUCUUAAGGAAAGGAGGGGCGAAGCCAACCAGACCCUCCCCCACGGUUCCGGAGUGCCCGGACGCGACCUCCUUUCCCCCGGGCGCCGGGAAUGCCAAGGGCCCUCAGCGGGGCGCUCGAGAGCCAAACCGCUCCGGCCGCCAGUGCGCAUGCCUCCCUUUCUUCUUCCGCCUCCCCUCCUCGGGAAGUCGCAGUGCGUUUGCGUGGAUUGGGUCAGCGCUUAACUUCCGGGCAGCGCUGCCGAGAUGGGGCGGCGGAGAGGUCCAGGAGCUGAAUAGAGCCAAGUUGGGGCGGGGGGAGAGCGGGGUGGGCGGGAGGGAGGGGGAGGGGGUAGGGGCGGGGGGAGGCGGGGUGGGGAAUUGA